AGGCGGGGCGGGCGGCGGAGCCACAAAGGCGGCCGGAGCCGCAGGACGGAGCCGCCGGGCGAGGCAGCCUGCCAUGAUGUUUCCUCAAAGCAGGCACUCGGGUUCCUCUCAUCUGCCUCAGCAGUUGAAAUUCACAACAUCAGAUUCCUGCGACCGGAUUAAAGAUGAAUUCCAGCUGCUCCAGGCGCAGUACCACAGCCUGAAGUUGGAAUGCGAUAAGCUUGCAAGUGAGAAAUCGGAGAUGCAACGCCAUUAUGUCAUGUAUUAUGAGAUGUCCUAUGGACUCAAUAUCGAAAUGCACAAACAGGCUGAAAUUGUCAAGCGGUUAAAUGGUAUUUGUGCCCAGGUGUUGCCGUACCUUUCGCAAGAGCAUCAGCAGCAGGUCCUUGGCGCCAUCGAGCGAGCAAAGCAGGUGACGGCACCAGAGCUGAACUCCAUCAUCCGGCAGCAGCUCCAGGCUCAUCAGCUGUCCCAGCUCCAAGCUCUCGCCCUGCCCUUGACUCCACUGCCGGUAGGGCUGCAGCCCCCCUCUCUUCCCACCGUCAGCGCCAGCACUGGCCUCCUCUCUCUGUCUGCCCUGGGAUCGCAAGCUCACCUGUCCAAGGAGGACAAGAACGGCCAUGAUGGGGAUGCCCACCAAGAUGACGAUGGGGAGAAAUCGGAUUAGGCUGAUGGGGGGUGGGGGGGAGGACUGGGAUGGGGAGAAUGAUCCGGUAAGGGGAGGGGAGAAUGGCAGCAGGGAUUGGGGACGGGUUAGUUACAAACACUUGGAGAAGGUGGGGCGGUGGUGGCCGGCCAAGUGGCCACUCACAUGGUCUGCUUUGCCCCACCCACCUCUGCAGCAAUAACACUUUGGCCCCACCCCUUUCUUAUUCCAGGCACUUAGCUGCAGCUGGCGAUCCACCAUAGGUCAUUGGGGGUUGGGGUUAAGAAGGAGCUUAACUCCUCUCUUCCUGACCCUGUAAAUUCCGUGUCUUAAAUAUGGGAUCAAAACACUAAUUUGUGGCAGGUGUAUCUCCUGCUGCAGCUAUUUGCCUGGCAGUUGAUACUACCAGUGCCACUCUUCAUGCCAGUUGGUAUGCUGCGGUCUUGAUAAAGGUUGGCGGGGGGUGGGGUGGGGUCAGCUCCAAGGUGCUGAGCUGGGUCCUGUUUGGAGAAAGCUGUGCUAAAAGUUUAUAAGAUCUCCAGGGCAGGGAGAGAGGGAAGAAUCCUCUGAGUUUUUGCUUUAUUCUGGACUCCUGGGAAGUUCAGAGAAGCUGCUUCCUACCUUGCAGGGAAUCCAGUCCAACUGCAGAGGUGGUGCCAAGUUGGCGGCCUUCCCUCACCUGGCUGCCUGCAGAGAGCCCUCAGAGCUUCAUGGCAUUGUUGGGGUUUUCUGUCCCAGCAGUGCUGGGUGUGCUCGUGCAGGGUUCUUGCUUGGCUUGCCUGUUCCCCUCCACCUUGGAUGGCUUGACUCAGGCACCCUAACCCCUGGUGGGUUCUGCAGAGGUUUUUCUUGGUGGUGGUUGCCGCACACUUCUGUGUGGCUUUGUGACCAGUUCAUCAGAGGAGGCAGAAACCCCCCCUCACACGCCCUCUUGAAUCUGCAGUGUGUGGGGGAAGUAAUUCUGCCUCUCUGUCCCUGGACUGCCGGCAGAAGAGAGGUCGCUGAUUGGUUCACUUGCUUGAAGCCCUGCUUAUAGGGGUGGGGCCUAGCAUGCACAAACAACUACUAGAAAAUUGUGAGCAGGUGUCCACCCUAGAACUUACUUAGUCACUCAUCUGGGAAGUGUGAAUCCUACCCCUCUGCCCUGCUGCAGUGUUCAUUGUAACUCCCAGAAAAUCCCUUUCACCCCUUCGGCAUACCCCCUACCUAGAUUCCCUCCAUCCCUCUCCCCACCACCACCAGCGCUGUUAGCUGAUGAGCACCUUCCUCCUUCCGCAUGUAUCUUGUUUUAAGGUAGCACAGAAGCAAAAUUUAUAUAUAUACAUAUAUAAAUAUAUUAGUUCUGUAUUUCCCGCCCCCCCCCCCCCUUCUCAUCAUACUGUGUCAUCUUCCCUACUGGUGAAUCCUGAAAAAGUUGGAACCUUCUGAUGGUUGACUCCCUUCUCAAUAUGUGAAGGAUGGAGGCAGGGUGGGGUGAAGAAAUUAUUUGUAAGUGUUCUUCCCUCCCUCCCAGCCACCUGCCUCCUCCCAUUGAUGGUUUUAUUUUUAAAGGAUGCUGCAGCUUUCUCUUUACUGUACGCUAGCUUGACUUUUUCUGUUAUGUUUUCACUUAACAAGAGAAAUUUUAAGGGGAAAAAAAAUCACGUUUGUAUAUAUUCAUUUUAGAGAGAGAAAGAGAGCUUGUUUGCUUCAUGUGUUUAUUAAUCACUUGACCUAUAUUAAGAGGAACUGAGAGAAAAUAAUUCUGUAUUGAGGAUGUAUUUAGCUGUGCCUUUCAAAUAAAUAAAUCAGAUGGUUGUUUAAACUGUGA